GCGGCGUCGUCGUCAUCCCCAUUCCCCAAACGGCCAAACCCCAGCACCACGCCGAUCCCCGACUCCGGCGCCGCCAUACCCUAGCAAGCGUCGCGGAAGAGGGAAUCGCUCGGCGGCGGUCGAUCCCAGUUCGGAACUCGCGCGCUCCACUGAUCGACCACUCGCGAGCCUCGGGCAUGGCUCCGCCGAGCAGCCGCUCCAGGCCGGGCGGAGGGGGCGGCGUCCUGCCGCCCUUGACUCUCGACGCGGUGUACGAGGUCCUGCUGCGCCUCGCCGCCAGGGAGCUCUGCCGCCUCCACGCGGUCAGCCGCCCGUGGCGUGCCCUCCUUUCCGACCCGCAGUUCGUCUCCGCGCACGCCGCAUGCCACCCCGGGCCGCUCGUCGUUGCCUGCUACGGCCCGUCGUCAGGCUACCCGGAGGGCGACAUCCUCUGCGAAAUCAUGGACCUCUCCGGGCGAGUGGUGAAGCGGAUCCGCGCGAUGGGCGACGGGAUAAGGAAGGAUUGGGUGGUGUCCGCGCAGCUCGAUUUCGUGCAGAUCGUGAGAGAGAUGAGCAGCUACCGAUUGCUUGACCCGGCCACUGGAGCUAUAUUCGCCUUGCCUGAAGAAUUGGCAGAUGAGGACACGGCGCUCCAGCUAGACAUGUACAAGUACAGGGUUGGGGUUGCGUUCGGCAAGGUUGCCUCGACUGGCAAGGUGCUUCAUGUCUCUGUUAAUACCUUUGUUAAGCCUUCUUCCUCUGAGCAGCUAUUCGAAGUCUUCACCCUUGAUGGCAGCAGCGAUGCUCGAUGGAGGGCAAACAAAGGCCCUCCACAUCCUAUUGAUGUUCGCCUCAAUAGCACAGCAGUCGUCAAUGGAAUUGUCUAUUUCUUCGUCAAUGAGGAUUACUGGUACGACUGUGUUAAGGUAAAGUUUAUAGCUUCAUUUGACCUCGAGACAGAAGACUGGAGGAAAACUCUUCAAGGGCCCCUGUUCAGAUUCGAGGGUUCCUUUCCUGAUCUUCCAAGCAACCAUAUCAAUUUCAACCAACUCUCACUGGCUUCCCUGAAUGGCUGCUCAUGGGAUGUUUGGUUUGGAUUGGAGGAGCUUAUUAUAAGUCCACAAGCCCCUCAUAUGGAGAGGUUUAUUACGAGCCUAAAGUGAUGUUUGGUUGUAACGGCUUAUAAAAAAAUUCCUGUAGUUAGUAAUGACCUUUCUACCCCUCAUUAAUACCUCUGAAGGUGAGAGAGACAAGGGUAGUGGGAGGAAAGAGAAAAUGUUUUGGUGGGGCCUACAGAAAAUAACCCUGUAAGCAUCCCUUGAAGCAUCCCUUGAAGGGGCUUAUGGGUAUAAGCCUCAUCUAUAAGCCUUCAUGUUUGGAUAAAAAGAGACUUAUUAGAGCUUUAUUGGUGGGGCUUAUAAUAAGCCUCUCCAAACCAAACAUCCCCUUAGUGUGGUUCAUUGCGCGCGUUGG